AUGAGCCAUGUUUCACUGCCAUCAACUAGUGCAUUGAUGGAUAAUAGGUCGUUGUUCGAAUCUUAUCUGAUUCAGUACAACUCAUUUAUAAAUGGACCUUCGAAGCAUCUAGCUUUACUCGUUGAAAAAGAAAUUAACAGACUAGGGCUUGUUCCAAAGAGGUAUGAUAUAAAUGGAAAUGCUCAUAGACAAACUUUUCAACAAUAUUUGGCUAAUAAUCACAACCAUAACCCAAAAACAACGAUAAAUGAGUUAGUAGAUCGUAUGCAAUCACAGGGCCUCAAUCCUUUUUCUGUAAAGUCUAAUAAUAGUCUAUUUCAUGUUACACGCGGUCAAGCGCAGUUUAGAAAGAAUUUACCUCAACGAAGCUUGUUCAACUCACUAAGUACCCGUGAAUUGGGCUUACAAAUUCCCGUUCACCAGGUCUAUUCUGCUGAUUACUUUGAAAAUGGACUACAAAGGCAUUCUCGGGUGACUGGACAUAUCGAUAGAACUUACACGGUGCAUUUUGACCAAACUGGACGAUAUGCUUUAACUGCAGCUGAUGAUUGUAUUGUUAAAGUUUGGGAUGUAAAUACGGCUCUGUUGAGGUAUACGUUCAGAGGACAUAUGAGUUUAAUCUCCGAUAUGUCCAUUUCUUAUUGUAACCAAUUCAUGGCCUCUGGUGGAGCGGAUAAAUAUGUUCGUGUCUGGUCUCUACAAAACGGAGCUUGCGUUGAAGCUUUCCACCAUCAUUCCGCACUAAUUACUGGCAUUCGUUUUCUGCCUUAUGUUUACAAAUCCGUGAGGUUUUUGUUUUCUAUCGGUUACGAUUGCAACGUGAUAUUCUAUGAGUUCAAUGCAGAUACCAGAGAGUUUAAGUCUACACCAACCAUUUUCAACGUUCGCGACGCCUCAGGACAGAGAUGUCUUUCAAGCACUUUCAGUCCUAGUGGUAAAUUUGUUGCAGUCGGUGAUUCUCAGGGCUGUUUGAGAUUAUUUUGUAUAGAAGAAGCUAACAUUUCUCUUUUGCGUGUCAUUAAUGCUAUUCCUCAUAACGAACGAUUGGAUAGCUUGGAGUGGUGUCACGACGGUAUGGCGUUCGUAUCUAGUAGUAGCCGAUAUCAUAUAGCGCGAGUCUGGCGCUUUACCGGUGGAGAAUGGAAAUAUUUGAACUUAGAACCAAAACUACCUGAUGCUGAUUCUUUGGCUUUAUUCGCAUCUACAAAGCUGAAAUAUACCUUUACUAUGAUUUGCUGGUCUCUAGAUGAUCGAUAUGUAAUAUCCUCAGGAUCAGAUCAUAAAUUGAGGGUUUAUGACGCAUACACAGGUAUUGAAAAGCAUCGGUUGAAUGGACAUAGAGGAGAGGCUUUCCACUUGAGGACUCAUCCAUUACAUCCUAAUAUUUUAAUUUCUUCUGCUCACGAUGGAUUACUUUUAAUUUGGGAUAUUGUGAAAGGACAGCUUCUUAAAAAGUUUACCAGUGAUACUCCAGAAGGCACAUUCACUAUUGCUUCAAUUCUCGAUGUUGCUGUUAAUCCCGAAGGGACAAGAAUAGCUACAGUUGAUGAUGUAGGACGAAUAACUAUUUAUGCUCUAGGAACUAAUGAUUCUCACCUGGCUCCAAGAGAGCAGUUUUUCCACACAGAUUAUGAUGAGCUCGAUUACGAUGAGCAUGGCUAUGCAUUAGAUGUUAUGUCGGGGAUGGCACCACAUCUUCAAAGACCACCAUUGAUUAUGAGUCUGGAUAGAGACACGCUUGAUGCUAAGUGGCAAAGAAGAGUUCCUGGAAAAGAAAAAGAUCUUGAAAACAUGAGAUGUGCUUGGCUAGAUCGAGAUAUAAUACCGAAGCUCGGUCAAGGACCUAGUGAUUUUUGGGCUUCGAAAAUGCUUGAGUUAUACGCUCAAGAAACACAUCUCUUAGAGAGUGUACAGGAGGAAAAAAAGUUUUCUAAUUACAAGCCCGAAGACGUUGAUGUUACAGUGUUACAAAAUAACAUGGGUAGGAAAGCUGCACAGUCUCGGCGUGCGAUUCCUUCUCUUGAUGCUGUAAUUGCGGCCCAAGAUGCCGCUAGAGCAGCUAACUCUUUACAGGGUUAUAGGAGUGAAGAAGAUGAUGAUUACAGUGCUCACGGAUUUUCGGAAGAUGAAUCAGAAGCUUCCAGUGACACUUCCGACUCAGAUUACGAUGGAGGAGACCAACCUCGUAGAGAGGAACCAACACAGGCUUCUCCACAAGCGAAUGAUGUUGUAACUUCUUCGGGACGAAGGGUGCAAAGAAGAAACUUAGCCAACGAAGAGUCUUCUUCAUCUGGACCUACAAGAGUGAUUGCUCGGAGAAGAAGAGGGAAUGGUGAUGAGUCUUCUUCGUCUGAGGUUGAUGAGGCAGCGGACAAUGAUAGGACUGAUGAAGAACCUGCUGAAGGCCCAUCCGUUGAAACACCUCGUAAAAAAAGAAAGAGGAAGGAGGGAUUCCUGCAAUAUUUCCCCGAGAGUAUGAGAACCGUAACGGUUCGACGUUUCCCUUAUAUUGUUCAACUUGGAGAUAACGUUGUGUACUGCAAGCAGGGUCACGAGAGAUAUUUAGAAAUGGUUGAACAAGCUCUUCUUUUCCCAAUAUCCACAAAGAUGCACCCACCGACCCAGUUGGCAGCGGAAGAGUUCUGUGUUGUGGAAGAUGUUCGCUAUACGAGAAAACCAUACCGACUCUGCGUAAUUCGAUUAGCACAAACCAACCCGAAUGGAGAUCUGACAGGCUACCGUUUUACAGUCAAAAUGCACGAUCUGGACAACAGCCCCGAUUUCAUUAUUCUCAAAGCACAUUAUGAUGCUUCUGUUAGGCUGAAUUUGAGAGAUGGAGAUGAAAUCGAAUCUAUCCUUGAUGGUCAAUGGUGGACAGGAACCGUUACAAGGCGACAACCGCACGAUGAGGCCUUCCCAACGUCACAUUGGUACUGCUUGAAUAUUCGAUGGGAUAAUGGUGAAGAUGAUACUAUCAGUCCUUGGGAUUGUCAAAAGAAAACUUCUGGAAGACGAUCAAAUACUGAAGCUACUCCUGCUGAAAUUAUUAGUUGUGGAGAGACGGUCCCAACGCAAGGGUGUUGGCCGGGUGAUGAUAGUCCUAUUACUAAUAGAGAUGCGUUUUGUCAAAGAAUGGCGGAGGGUAUCGACAAGUUGAGUGCCAAUGAGAUAGUAACGCCAUUCAGCACGCCAGUGAACUUGGCAGAUUUCCCUCUAUAUUCCAAUAUUGUGGACUAUUGUAUUGAUAUGCAAACAAUAUCCGAAAGGUUGAGAAACAAGUGGUACAGGAGGUUAAUUUCUUUACAACAUGAUAUUCGAUUUAUCGCACUUGCCGCUGAGCAAUUCAACGAACCCGAUAGUAUUAUUGUACAGAACUCGAGAAUCCUUGUUGAAACUCUCAUAAUGUUUUCUAAUGAUCGCUCAAUUUCUGCUGAUCAGUUGGAUACCUUAUUCGACAGCUUGUUCGAUCUUCCAUUUGAACAGAUUACUGAGUAUAAGAAAUGGCAUAAAAACAACAUUGACUCUGAGUUGGUUCAGCUAGCCACCAAAAUGCAGAAUCAAGAGGAAUCAAGUUCCCAAAGCAGGGAGCCAGGUUGGAUUGGAGAUGCAUUGGUUGCAAUGGAUUUCGUCAUGGCCCAUCCAUGUGCCGCUCAUUUUCUUUCUGCUGAUCAGUGCUCUGAUUUGGAUGUAGCUUCCGCUCUCAGAGAGAAUGGAGAUUUACAGAUAAUACGACAAAUCAUUCAAAACUUACCUGAUCCCCAAUCCGUUGUUGAAAAAGUUAAAGAACUUGUGGAUGCUUGCCAAAAUGCCAUCAAUGAUAACCGAUCUAGGAUUUAUCAUUCCACUGUUCAACUUAUGCAUUUAACAGAAGAGAAAAUGAAACCUAUCAUAACUCAGUUUAAUCAAUUCCUUCUAACUUAUGAAACUAUCAGUGGAAGAUCUCUCCGUCGAAGACAAAAAAAAGAAAAACGUUCCAGCUACAACACCCGGAGAAGGAACUUUGAAAACAGAAGCACAACUGAGGGCUUCUAUCGGGAGCUCGCCAAUGGUCGAAUACCGAGAGGCGCUGAAUCACCCCCAGUUAGGACAAGGAACAGUCAACGAACAACAAGAAGCAGUAGAAGAGGAGGUUCUAACAUUGCUUACGAUGAAGACGAUGAAGAUUUUUUUGAAGAAGAGUCGUCAAGGGGUUCCCGGGAUAGAAGAAGACGCACUGCUCCUAUGGAUGAUCUCGUUUCUCAUUCUUUCGACAACGAAACUGCUGAUGUGGAUCAAAGCUUUGUUGACGAUGAAGAGAAAGAAGAGCACAAUGAAGAAAGUUCUGAUUCCAGUAGCAAUAGUAGCAGUGGGAGUGAUGAGGACAUGGAGGAGAAUGAAAAAGGCGUUAGGCGAGGGGAAGAUAGUGAUGAAGAUGAGAACGAUGAUGAUGAUGACGACGAUGACGAUAAUGCUGACAACGGAGCUGAUUCGAGUAACGAUGACGAGGACGACGACUUAGAUGAAGAAGAGCAAUCGUCAAAUAAUGAUGAGAACAAGCAUCAAGCUAGUUCCAGUAAAAGGAACCGAAGAGAAUCAUCCGAUAGAGAAUCAAUUCCCUUAAGUGCGAAACGGCGCAGAGUGAAUACGCAUGCUGAUGGUGAUGCAGAGAAUAAUCGAAAAAGUUAUGAGGAUGAAGGCAACGGAAUGAUGGCUGAGUCGGUGAGCCAACGGGAUUGUCAAAUGAAUAUAAACACAUUGACUAUUUGUCAUGAAAUAAGAAACUUCUCUGAUUUCUCUAAUUAUCAAACUGUAGUUGGAAAAGUAGAUGAUGAAAGUAAUUCCUUGACUGAUUCUACUUCAUUGCCCUGUGCUUCUCCUCAGGAUUUCAGCGCUGAAGUCACUCCUACUUUAGAAGUUCCUUUCUCGUCUUGGGUUAAUCUUGAUGAUCAGAGGAACAUUUUGUUUGUUUGUAUGUGGAGAAAUUGUUUUCAUGCUUUAUGUGGCAAAGAGGAGUUCGCUAUACACAUAGCAACUCAUUUUGAUUAUUACUGCUCCGACAAUAGGAAUUCUAAUCACUGGCCGUGCCAGGUUGUAGGUUGUGGCAGUGUAAUGGAGAACGCUUCAAAGUUUCUAGCUCAUUUAAGCAUGCAUAAGUAUCAUGCAAUUUCUCAGUUCAAUGGUAUGAAAAAUCUAAUUAACAGUCAAAGUUUGCCAGUAAAUUCGUGCGGCUAUACUCCCAAUCUCAACGUCGGUGUAAUCGACGAACUAACAUUCUGCAGUUAUGAUGGUUGUGGCCUUGGUUUCCGAGAUAUUUGCGAUUUCUUCAAUCAUGUGACUGUUCACAUAGACUUUGCAGAAUCUAAAGAACGGCAAAACGGAAAAUUUGUCUGUAAAUGGAAUAAUUGUUCGAAAGCUUGUGGCGCAAGAAAGGGAGAUUUGAGACGACAUGUACGGUACCACAGCGGGGAGAAGUACUGCGCUUGUCCGUAUUGCGGCUCGUUUUUCGGCAGACCUGAAAAGUUUUAUGAGCACAUGAAACGGAAUUUACCUGUCGAUCAGAAGCCGUUUGUUUGCAUGUUGUGUCAAAAAUGCUUCCCCGACGAAACUCUUUUAUCUCAUCAUGUAAGGCGUCAUAUCAAUGUAGUUCAAUGUAGGGAGUGCGGGUUAGCUUUACCAGCAAGCAGUGAUUUAGAGAAACACAUGGUUUCUAAACAUUCCACUAGAGAACGAUCCUUCGCAUGUAAUGAGUGUUCGGCGACUUUUUUCACUGAGGAGACUCUUCAGAAACACAAAAGUAUUCAUUUACCUCCUCAGCUCAAAUGCUCUUAUUGCGGAGAAAUGUUUCGUUGGAAACUUCAGCUCACCCGCCAUAUUGCAAAACACGAGAAUUUGCCAGAGAAGAACUAUUUAUGUCAUAUUUGUGAUAAAAAAUAUUCGACGGGUCAUCAUUUGACUAGACAUUUGAUCUCAAUACACUCAUGUCCCAUUCCGGAAGGUUUCAGCAGGUUUUACUAUAAGAAGUGUAAUGACGGGUAUCAUCGUUUACAAACAAAAAAAUUAAUGAAAAAGCGUGAAUAA